AUGGCUACCUUUGACUUCGCGCGAAUGCGACCUGACCAGUACAAUCUCUACGAUGCCGCAAGCGCCGUGGACUUCCAGAACAUGGUCGAAGAUCUCAUGAAUGUGGUCAGAACCAACGCAGCCGCCUUUGAAGAACGUGAUGCCGAGCUUAGCACCUUCUUGAGGCUUCUCCUUGAGAGCGAAGACGCGUGGCAACUUGCAGCCCAGGUUGUACCUGAGUUUCGAUAUCCACAAGACCGUGAUUUAGGGGAGGAAGACACUCUUCUCAAUCACAUCUUGAGAGCAGUGGAGGACAAGAGACCACGUGCACCCUACAACGACCCAAAGGUUGCAGCAGAGAAAGCGGUAAUGAGACUAAUGUUUCGAAACUUGGUUGAGUAUAUCGAAACUCACGGCAAAGGUGUCACUCGUGCAACUCCCCAGGAGCUGGAGGAGAUUGAGGAUAUGGGACACGCACAAUGA